AUGCCAUUUAACGAUGCAGCUGAGAGCGCCUCAUCGCAGUAUCGCUAUUCGGGUGUAUUCAUCGAUAUGCUAGUGGCCGGUACAUUACUGGUCAUCUGUGCCCUGGUGGUGUUCAUCUCACAGAUGUUAAAUUUCAUUUUCAUUGUUUAUUUCGCGAUCUCUUUCGGUGCUGUUACAUUCAUAAUUGUUGCCAUUGGUAUACCAUUGCUCAGGCGACGAACAAUGUUCCCGUUUGUCAAUCUCUGGGCUCCGCGACACGCCAUUGGAAUGGUACUGAUUUUGCUGCCAGCUGGUGUUGCACUAACAAUAGCUCCACUCUGUGACACCUAUGUAUUUCUGAUCGCAUUAUUUGCACAUUGUAAUUUCUCGCAACUCUCGGCUUGGCCAAAAACAGCACAGGCAUUGCUGGUUGGUAUCAUAUUUUUGUCGCUUACAUAUGUAUGCCAGUAUCGCAUCACAGCACUCAUCAACAAAUGUACUGGUUUUUUUUUUUGUUCGAUGCUAAUAUUUACUUAA